AUGUCCGACGAGCGAAAGCAGCAACAAUCUACCAGGCCAAGCUUGAGCGAAGCCACGAACGCCGACUUGCGUGCACCUUUCGCUGGACAAGAGUGCGCGGAAGACCAGACCACUCAGACCUCAUCUACACCUCCUUCAACAGUUGGUCCCGGAACUGCAGGGUCGGGUACCACCCGAGACACUUACUGGAGGACCAGGCCGAGUUUGAGCGAGAAUAUGAAUGCUGAUUUGGGCCCGCCGUUUGCGGGGCAAGAGUCUGCGGAGGAUCAGUCGAGCCAGCCGUCUCAGAGGGAGAAACCGAAGCUAUGA